CACUGCCUAAGGCAACGGACUUAGGUGUGCCUCCUUGGAGUGCUGUCUCUGGUGUUUUUCUCCUGUCUCUGCUCUCCGUGUGCUGAGCAAUUCUGUGCUGAAAGGGAGUGCAAAACGUGUUGCGAAAUGCGUGCAUGCAAGAACCGGAGCGGGUGAUGACGGCUGAAGCGAUGCUCUCAGCUCCCUUCGAUGUGAUUUAUCGUGGAGGUUCCUGGAGCUGAACGGAGACAGAAGACAGAAGCGUGUGUGCGUGUGUAUGUGUUCUUUGGGGAAAGUGAGGGAAGCAGGCGGAUCUGCAAAGAAAGAGGAAAGUGUAGAGGAGUUAAAAUAGCAACAUCUAACAAAAGUCAGAUGACUUUUAUUAGACAGAGAAGGAUGUAAUAAGGGGUUGGAAAAGGGAAGGUUGUGUAUACAGAGUACACAGAGAGAGAAGUGUGUUUCUUUUUCUCUCAGGAAGCAGGUGUGACUGCGCUGACGAAAGCCUCCUCUUAGUGUGUCAGUAGCACUCAGUGCACACAGGCGAAGGAUUGCUCCCGCGCCAGAAACCUCUGAGAGAGACAGAGCGCUGCUGGAAGCAGGAAGCUGGUUCAUCCGACUGAAAAUCAGCCUGCAGCAUUUUAAGCAAAAAAAAAACAAAACAUCAAGGACGACACAGAGAUUCAGGAAAGAAAUUGUCAUAUUCAUCAGCAUGUCAUCAAACGAGCUGAGCGCGCCAGACCCGGAGCCCUGCAUCCGUACCUUCAAGGAGCACAUGCGCCUGGAACUGGAGCCUCCGAGACUCGCCACGUCUCCGAAAGUGUCCCCGCGCAGCUCCCCGCGGCUCUUCCGCAGACUCAUGGUCAACAGGGGUGGCCGUCACCGAAGACGCUUCACCGUCGCACACACCUGUUUUGAUGUGGAGAAUGGGCCUUCUGCAGGAUGCAGUCCUUUGGAUCCACAGGCCUCUCCUGGCUCGGGGCUUAUCCUGCACCCGAACUUCUCCCAAACCGGACACAACCAGCGGCGAGAGUCCUUCCUGUACCGCUCAGACAGCGACUACGACCUCUCACCGAAAUCCAUGUCCCGCAACUCCUCUGUCGCCUCAGAGCUACACGGGGAUGACCUAAUCGUCACGCCUUUCGCUCAGGUCCUGGCUAGCCUUCGAAGUGUCAGAAACAACUUUACUGUGCUUACUAAUGUACAGUGUACUUCAAACAAGAGAUCACCGGCUACCACGCAGCCCUCCCUCACCAGAGUCUGCCUGCCUGACGAGUCGUACCAGAAGCUGGCCGUGGAGACCAUGGAGGAGUUGGACUGGUGCCUGGAUCAGCUCGAAACCAUCCAGACCUACAGGUCCGUCAGCGACAUGGCCUCCAACAAGUUCAAGAGAAUGCUGAACAGGGAGCUGACGCACCUCUCCGAGAUGAGCAGAUCUGGCAACCAGGUGUCAGAGUUCAUCUCCAACACCUUCCUAGACAAACAGAACGAGGUAGAGAUUCCACCGCCCACACCGAAGGCCCGGGAGAAGAAGAAGAAGCAGCAGCUGAUGACUCAGAUCAGCGGCGUGAAGAAGGUGUCUCACGGGCCCAGCCUCAACAGCAGCAUCACCCGCUUCGGCGUCAAAACCGACAAGGAAGAUCUGCUGUCUAAGGAAUUAGAAGAUCUGAACAAGUGGGGGCUGAAUAUCUUUACCGUGUCGGAAUAUUCCAACCAUCGACCUCUGACGUGCAUCAUGUACGCCAUCUUCCAGGAACGUGAUUUGCUCAAGACGUUUAAGAUCCCAACAGACACGUUUGUGACGUACAUGAUGACGCUGGAGGAUCACUACCACUUGGAUGUAGCCUACCACAACAGUCUUCAUGCUGCUGACGUGGCCCAGUCCACACAUAUUCUCCUCUCUACACCUGCUCUAGAUGCUGUCUUCACUGAUCUGGAGAUCCUGGCUGCCAUUUUCGCAGCAGCCAUCCAUGAUGUGGAUCAUCCAGGCGUUUCCAAUCAGUUCCUCAUCAACACAAACUCUGAGCUGGCCCUCAUGUAUAACGAUGAGUCGGUGCUGGAGAACCAUCACCUAGCUGUAGGCUUCAAGCUUCUUCAGGAGGACAACUGCGAUAUCUUCCAGAACCUCACGAAGAAACAGAGGCAGUCGCUCAGGAAGAUGGUCAUCGACAUGGUACUUGCUACAGAUAUGUCUAAACACAUGAGCUUACUAGCUGAUCUCAAGACAAUGGUGGAGACGAAGAAAGUGACCAGUUCAGGGGUGCUGCUUUUGGACAACUACACAGACAGGAUACAGGUCCUUCGAAAUAUGGUGCACUGCGCUGACCUGAGCAACCCCACCAAGUCUCUGGAGCUGUACCGCCAGUGGACGGACCGCAUCAUGGAGGAGUUCUUCCACCAGGGCGACCGGGAGAGGGAGCGCGGCAUGGAGAUCAGCCCGAUGUGCGACAAACACACGGCGUCAGUGGAAAAGUCACAGGUUGGGUUUAUUGACUAUAUCGUCCACCCGCUGUGGGAGACCUGGGCCGACCUGGUCCACCCCGAUGCGCAGGACAUCCUCGACACACUGGAAGACAAUCGGAACUGGUACCAGAGCAUGAUUCCUCAGAGUCCCUCCCCACCCUUCUACCAGCCCGAAAAAGAAGGACACGGUGGAGGACCGGUGGCUGACAAGUUCCAGUUCGAGCUCACCCUGGAGGAGGAGGACUCAGAAGGCACGGAAAAAGAUGAACAGAGUCAGGGAGACGAGGAGGACGAAGCGGAGGAGGAAGAGGCAGAGGACGAGGAUCGAGAGGUGGAGAUGGAGCCAGCGACCACGCACAUCCAGAUUGUAACUGAAGACGCCUCUGCAGUGGACACAUAGGACCUUGUAGCCCAAUUUAAUGGCUAGUAACCAUUUUGUCCCCCUCGCAAUCUGGCAGUUGAAGCUUUUUAACAAAGCCCAGAGAGAGAAAGAGAGAGAGAGUUUUUUCGGCCUUCUUGGGAGGAGCGAGACUGGCCCUCUUUGCACUUAAGUUUGGAGCCAGUUGAGUUGGAGCUCUCAGGAAAUAAAUGCUGCAGACAUUGUUUUUUUUGGAGCUGAAAGACUGACAGGUGACUCUGAGAUACAGGAAGGUUUGGGGCCAAUCAUUGACGUUGUGUUUGUCGAACAGGCGAAUACAUCCGUGGAGUUGACACUACUGAGAGAUUUUUUUUGUACCAAGUGACUUUUUUUUUUUCUAAAGCUAUCGGGAAAAGUCGGGGUAGCAUACGAACUACUGAUGAACAAGUAUUUGUAAAGAAAGAAACUGUUUACUUUUCUGUACCAUUUGUCUAAAGACUUUGUGUGCCUUUUUUACUAUCGUCUUUUUAAUGGUCUUUUUUAUUUAUUGAACACACUUUAGUAUAAUUGUACAUGUUUUUUUUUUUUUCUAAAGACAAACCAGACAGCUUACACGCAGAGUCGUUUUCUAUAAACCGAAGAGAAAACUCAGUGUCUUCCUUUAUAUUAGGCAAUAGAACGAAAUAAUCCAAAUGUCUGAGAUGUAUAUUCCAGUCAAGGAUGCACUUUGUCAUUUUUUUAUACUUGUCCCGUUCUUUUAACCCCUUGUCCGGUUGUGAAUUUCCUAUGAGCUCGUUUUGUACACACACACACACACACACACACACACAAUAUAUUCACAUAAGCAUUUAAGCAUGAUGAUGAUUUUGAAAUUCGGACAAUUUAAAUUUGGUGCAGUUCAAUUACAGAGCUCCUAAAAAUAAGAUUGAAAUUAAGAAAAAACUAAAACUAUAUUUACGUAAAAAAAAAUAUCUUUAUUAAAUUAAUAAAUAAACCGAAAACAUCAGUGCGGAACUUCCUUUUUCACAAAGGAAACUUUCCCUCGGGUCUUUCUAGAAAACAAGUUCCUUCAGCUUUCAUUCAUUACCGUCAGUUCUCACAGAAAGCAUUCCCCAAUGAGUAGUUUUUCUUUCACAGGACGCAUUUCAGGAAACCGAUUUCUCACUAAAUACAUUCUCUGUGGGUUAAUGCUGUCAUGAUUUUAAUCGUGAAUUUUAGUAGAAACCGUUCCAGCUUUAAAUAUUUUGACUCCGAAUAGUGCUUAAAGCAUCAAGCUACUUUCCACCCGCAUUAGACCGUUCUAUUGGACCUCAUUAUACAUGUUCUUGUUCUGUUUAUCACCUGUAGGUGUAUGUUCUGGCCAAAGUAGCGCGCGUGUGUGUACGAGUGUAUGUACAUCCGUGUGUUUGUGUGUGUGCAUGUUUGCGCGUGUGCACAUUUUCCCCCUUUUAUCAUCUACCCAUGUUUUUUUUUUUUUUUUUCCUUUCCUUACACACCUUCUCUGUUUGGUUUGUUUAUACUAGCUGAAGUCGGUCCUUUGCUGUUUAUAACAGUGUAUUUAUUACCUUUUGUAAAUACGGAAUGAUGUUUCUUUGUAAAUUUAUUUUUAAUUUAUAUGCACUUGCAUUACCGAAAUUUGGUGGUGUUCUUUGUGUAGUGGGCUCUUGGAUUGAGUCUGUUAUAUUUUGUAAUAUUGUUUAUUUUUGUUUGUUUGAAAUAUUGAGAUAUAUAUAUAUAUAUAUAUAUAUAUAUAUAUAUGCUAUAUAAAUAUAUCACACAAUAUACAACUGCCCAGAAAAGUAGCUUAAAGACACACAACCCAUUGGUUACCAGGAGAGCCUGUAGAUAAGACACACAUGCAUACUGUAGACAUCCGUCAGGCAUUAGAAGCUUCGUGUUUCACUGUUUGGUGCAAUUUGAUACCACGAGAUCACAGACGGCUCGGAAACCCCUGCAGAUUUUUUUCUUUUUUCUUUAAAUUUUUUUUUGUUUGUUUUGUGGAUUGCUAAGAACGGUUCAGAAAGAUUUCCACCAUGCUGGACUCUUAUACCACACAUAUUGGUCACAAAUAUCACAAUCUCUAAACACCAAUGUGAAAAAAAAAGAAAAAGAAAUGAAAACAAUGUGAUCUUCUGUAAUUACUUGUGCUAAUGUGAACUAUUUUUCUGACCUUGUUAGCAGUUUUGAAAUUCAAUUUUCUCAGUAUAACUUUGUUAAUCUAUGUUUAAGAUCUUUUGGUCCGAUUUGUGUCCGAAAGGAUUAGUCAGAGUUAGUAAUAUCUGCAUGAGGGAUGGGUUUUUCGUCUAGUAAUCCCACAUUGUUGCAGGUGAAUAUUUAAUGUUUCACACAAUGUAUGGUAUAAUGUAUAUUGUGUUCAAUAAAAUCUAAAGCUACUUUUCUAUGAAGUGAUUAAAAAUGACGCAUGAAUAUA